GAUUUAAAUAUAUAAUUUUUUAGUAUCUUUCACGUCAAAUUAGAAACACAUAUUUGGAAUUUACUGCUGCAGUCUCUACUGUGCUUAUCAUGGUAGUGGCUGAAACUGGAAGACAUUUUUUUUUAAACCCUGAAGUCAUCCAUACUUGCUACUUAUUUAGUCUUCUUGCUUGGAAUGAAAAGUAUUCACGAAUACCACCACCUAAGCACCUGUUUAAAAUGAAACUCAGCCUUCAGCUUGCAAAAUGAUGUCUUUAUAAUUAAGCAAACAGCAGAAGACCCAUGCAAGUUGUUUCUUUCUUCCUGGAGAAGUUGGCAGGAUAACUGGAAUCCUAGGAGCUCCUCUGUAUUGAAUUUGCCAAGUCCUGAGUUCAGAAUUUUGUUUUUGAGAUGAAUAUAAAAGCACCUAAUGGUCAAGGAAAAUUUUCUUCCUGUGAUAAGGAACCUUUGCUUUAGUGUAGAUGACCACUCCCCUCUGCAAGGUAGGGAGGAAGAAUGUUCGGUUAGUUCCUUUCCUCUGGCCGAUCUCUUUUUUUCUUCUCUUCGCACAGUCCAACAGAUGCGCUCGGCCUCCCGGGAGCUAGCCCGCCCCCGGCCCAGAGGCCAAUUUACAGCCGCACGCCUCACUCCACUAUCCUCGCAGCUUCUCCGCGGAUAACUUCUUAACCAAGUGGCCGAACUUAGUACCACCAAUGCUGGAACAAAGUGACAUCAUGUGCCUCGCAUUGUGAUGCAACUAAGAAUACAACAUCUCUUGUGAAGUUGUUUUAUCAAAAAAUGUUUAACCUAAAUCUAACGAGAAAACAGACAAAUCCAACUUACAGACAUUCUGAAAAGCGACGAGCUUGGACUCUUCAAAAAUGUCCAUGUCAUGAAAGACAAAAAGCCAGGGAACGCUUCUAGAUUAAAUAUUAAUCAAAGGAGUUAACUAAACUUGAAUUUUGAUUGAAUCCUGACUUCCCCCUCCAACAAGAAGGAAAAAAAAUACAGCCGUAAAGCUAUAAAAUUUAAAUAUGCUCUGCAUAUUAUAGUGUGGAUUAUUGCAUUGUGGUUAAGUAGGGGUCCAUCCUUGUUUUUAAGAGACAGAUGCUAAAAUGUUAAGGUGAAAUGUCACUAUGUCUGCAAGUAAUACUCAGGCAAAUUGUGUUAAGGGCUAAAAUUCUGAACCUGGUUGAGGAAUUUUGUAUCAACAUCUAGUCAACACUGUCCAGGGACUAGGCAGAACAAGCAGUUUCCCUUUGCAUGGCUGAGAAGCAGGCAGCCUGACCCUCUCCUCUCCGGGUGGCACGAGUAACCCUCAGCACUUAAAAGCAGCUGCAGGCCUGUGGGGAACGAAGGCUGAGGCUGUGGUUCCACUUCUGCCAGAGGACACACACAUGCACGCAUGCUGUAUGCACUUUAUGGCAGUCCACGGAAAGCGCAAAAGUGCAAGGGUGAGGCUGCGCCCCUCCCCUAACCCCCACAGGAACAUACGACAGCAGCACGUGCUGUCUGGAGCACUUUACAGCAGUCACGUCUGCACAAGGGCGAAGCCACGCCCUUUCACCCCCACAGAACAGCGGCAGCUGCUGUCUGGAGCAUUUUACGGCAGUCAGGCAAAGGUGCAAGGAUGAGGCCAGGCCCCUUCACUCUCUCAGAACCGCUGCACGUGCUUGUGGAGCACUUUACAGCAGUCAUGCAGAGGCGCAAGGGCGAAGCUACGCCCUUUCAUUCCCGCAGAACAUUGGCAUGUAGUCUGGAGCACUUUACAGCGGUUACAUGAGGCGCGAGGGCAAAGCCACGGCCUCGCACGCCCGCAGAACAGGAGCACGUGCUGUCUGCAGCACUUUAACGGCAUUCAGGCAAAGACCCGCGGGUGAGGCCACUGCCUUUCGCCCCAAUAGCACAGCGGCACGUGCCGUCUGGAGCACUUUACGGUAGUCAACGCGAAGGCGCCAGGGUGAAACCACGCCCUUUCAUUCCGACAGAACAGCGGCACGUGCUGUCGGCGCACUUUGUGGCAGUCACGCGAAGGCUCGAGGUCGCGAGCGUGUGCCCAGUGAGGGUCGGCUGCGGGUACUCGGCUUUGCGCUCUAUUUCGUUGUGGUCUGGCUGUUGAUCCGUAGGCACGCCUACGGCUAUUCCAUCAUGGCGAGGAUGGCGGUACUGUGGCGGAAGAUGAGAGAUAACUUCCAGAGCAAGGAGUUCCGGGAAUACGUGAGCAGCACUCACUUCUGGGGUCCCGCGUUCAACUGGGGCCUUCCGCUGGCCGCCUUUAAAGACAUGAAGGCGUCGCCGGAGAUCAUCAGUGGCCGCAUGACAACAGCGCUCAUCUUGUACUCGGCGAUCUUCAUGCGCUUCGCCUACCGCGUACAGCCUCGAAACCUGCUGCUGAUGGCGUGCCACUGUACCAACGUGAUGGCGCAGAGUGUGCAGGCCAGUCGCUACCUACUCUACUACUACGGCGGCGGCGGCGCCGAGGCUAAAGCCCACGACCCUCCGGCUACCGCCGCCGCUGCCACCAGCCCGGGUUCCCAGCCCCCGAAACAAGCUUCUUAAGAACUGAGAGGGCCUGAUCUCAUCUCUGCAGGUCACAAGCACUGAACUGCCAUUCCUCCUGAAAAAAGACCAAUGAAGACCUCGGUUUUGACUCUAAAACAGUGCGAAUCUGACUUAAACCUGCAGUUUGAUUAAUAAAGAAAUACAAAGUAA